UUCUUUUACUCUUUGCUUUCGUCUUCUGACUGACUGUCAGAGACGAACAAAUCGAGCUCAAAAAAGAAGAAGACACUCUCUAGCUGGAAGAGUCGGAAGUUUUGAUUGACGGUUCGUGAUCCGAUUCAGGGAAAAGGUUCCAUAUCGCAAAAUGGGCAACUAUUUAUCGCUUUAUAUGACCAACCCUGAGGGAACUCCGAAACCCCUCACGGAGCCAUCCUUCGAUGCAAAUAUGGGAUUCCCGAACGGCCGGAAACAAAGAGUGAUGAUUGCCACCGAGCAGGAAAUGGAAGCCGCCAAACUGCCGCUGGCCGAUCGGGAUUACUGUGCCCACAAGCUGAUAGCGUACCGUGCUUGCCGGGCGGACGUUUGGCCAUGGGCGUACAAAUGUGCCCACGAAAAGCACGACUAUCUCAACUGUGAAUAUGAUGACUUUACUACACAAGGAUAUAAACCGGUGAGAUCUUUGCACGAUAGAUUCUAUUAAGGUACCGCGGGGCAAGUGGGUAAAUGGGCUACAUCAACCGAAUGAAGGAAUACGAACGCGAGAAGCGAUUGCUCCAGAGAAAGCAGAGAAUUGAAAAGAAACAGGCCCAAGAGCUGCACGCUUGAAGCACCCAUCGCCAGAGUGUCUAAUCGGAGAACUUGUUAAUAAUAUAAAUUUAGUAUCGGCAGCCGAGAGAAAGCCAGCCAAUGUGCAACACAUUUUUCAAUUCUUCAGCCGGUUCGUUCUGUCAAUCUUUCUAAAAUGCGAAGUAAACGGUUUUAGGAGUAUAAACGAA